GAAAUAGCACUCUAGUAGCCUUUGAUUGUAUUCUCUUGAAUGAUCCAAAUUGCAACAGCCGAUUCAAUGGACUGCUAUAGCUGAUGGUGAUUGUGGGCGGGGUGGGGAAGGGUAGGGAGCACUUGAAAGCUGCUUUCAACGUCCACGCCUUUGAUAUUUUCUUAUUUCGUCAAGUUAUGUGUUAAAUUCUGCAGUCGAAUAGGUAGUUUAGAAUUUAUUGUUUUUUGGAACAACUGCAACAAUGGAUGAACUAACGGAAGACCAAAUCACUAUGCUGAAAACAGCUUUCGAUGCUUUUGACCAUGACAAGAAAGGCUGCAUUGGUACGGAGAUGGUUGGCACGAUUUUAGAAAUGUUGGAUCACAAACAACCAGCUUCAAUGCUGGCGCAGAUUAUUGGAGAAGUUGACGUUGAUGGAUCCGGCCAACUAGAAUUCGAAGAGUUUUGCGAGCUUGCUGCCCGAUUCAUAGUCGAAGAAGAGGAUGACGAAGCAAUGCAACAAGAGCUGAGGGAGGCAUUCCGGUUAUAUGACAAAGAAGGAAACGGAUACAUUACUACUGACGUCUUGCGAGAAAUUCUUUUAGAACUGGAACCUAACAUCACUCCAGCAGACUUAGAUUCAAUGAUAGAGGAAAUUGACUCUGAUGGUUCUGGAACAGUUGAUUUCGAAGAGUUUAUGGAAGUGAUGACUGGGGAAUAGAUCAAAGGAUAUACCGUAACGAGUUCAGUGAAGAUAACCAAAGAACUGAAAAGCAAAUGCACAUGGGUUGCAAUGCAUAAUCUCAAAUCACAUUGCAAUUCAAUGAUCAAUAUACAUUAUUGAAGUGAUGUUCAAAUCAAUGAACUAUCCCUGUGAUAACUCUCAAGCUCUUCUUCAAGGACUGAGUUUAAUAAAAAGUUAUUUUUGAAACAACUUAUCUCAUAAAGUAUUAGAUUGAUAUCAAAUUAACAGUCUUCAUAAUUGAAAUAAUAAAGAGUGAGUUUGAAACGUU